GGCCUGCGGCCCCUGCUGGGCCUCGGGGGCCAGGGUUCCCUACGCUCUGAUUUGCAGAAGCUUCGUCUGGCAGGACCACUCCCCGCUCCGGCCUCGCAGACUGCGGGGAUUCGGCACCCUGGCGGAGUAGUGGUCACUUUAGGCGUCGGAGGACAAGCUGGGGGAAGCGGAGUCCCCUCCACCCAUUCCCGUGACAUGUAUGAGAUUCCUGCCAUGUGCCAGGCUCUGAAGAAGCAGUCGGGAAGGACGAGAGGAUGGGUGACAUCCGGCCUCGCCGCCUCUGAAGCUCGCGGGGAGCGGCCGUGCAUGGUGCGCUGACCCGCGGAGGGAGCCGAGCGGCGUGGGUCCCACCCUCGCCUGCUGGUGCGUCUUGCAGGUGGUAGUCCAGGGGAAACGCAGCAGCUGGAAUCCUUUAACCCGCUCAGCGUCUCCACCGUGGUCCACAGCCCCGAGUUUAGGAGUGUUGAAAAACUCCAGGUGAUUUUCACGUGCUGACACGUUUGCGUGUCACUGCAGUAGCAACUGACAGUAACAUUUUCUGUAAAGAUACAAACACCUGAAAGGCUCAGUGCUCCUGUAAACAAAGCUCUACAGAUAGAAGGUGGAAAGACCACUGUUUCACUUUGGAAUAGACAACAGUUAAAGACAACAACCAAAUCACAAGAUGACGGCUUCAUAUACAUGAAGAUGAGAGCAUCUUAGAUGAUCUGGACGGGCCCUACAUUUCUUGAUCCGUUAUGAGUCAGAAGAGGAGAAGGCACGGGCAGAGAAGGCCGGGCCGUGUGAAGGUAGAGGUCCAGAGUGGAGCACCGCGGGCUCGAGCGGCAGCAGAAGCUGGGAGAGACAGGAAGCGAACCUGCUCUGGAGCCAGUGCAGGGAGGGCUGCCUGCUGACACCUUGACUUUAGACCAGAGCUUCCAGAGAGCGCAUUUGUGGUCUGUCUAUGAUGGUGAGGAACAUGGACGAUUCAUGGAGAAGCUGGAAACUCGCAUCCGCAAUCAUGACCGAGAAAUUGAGAAGAUGUGCAACUUUCAUUACCAGGGCUUUGUGGACUCCAUAACUGAACUACUGAAAGUGAGGGGAGAAGCCCAGAAACUCAAAAAUCAAGUGACAGAUACUAAUAGAAAACUCCAGCAUGAGGGAAAAGAACUGGUAAUAGCGAUGGAAGAGCUGAAGCAGUGUCGGCUACAACAGAGAAAUAUUUCUGCCACUGUUGAUAAAUUGAUGCUGUGUCUUCCAGUCCUAGAGAUGUACAGUAAACUGAGGGACCAGAUGAAAACUAAAAGGCAUUAUCCUGCACUGAAAACUCUGGAACAUCUGGAACAUACCUAUUUGCCUCAAGUAAGCCACUAUCGCUUCUGCAAGGUGAUGGUGGACAACAUCCCUAAACUUCGAGAAGAAAUAAAGGAUGUUUCCAUGUCUGAUCUCAAAGACUUUUUGGAGAGCAUCCGCAAACAUUCAGACAAAAUUGGAGAGACUGCCAUGAAGCAAGCUCAACAACAAAGAAACCUGGAUAACAUCAUUUUGCAACAACCCAGAAUAGGUAGCAAGAGAAAAUCUAAGAAAGAUGCCUAUACAAUCUUGGAUACAGAAAUAGAAAGUACUAGCCCCAAGUCUGAACAGGAUUCAGGAAUUCUGGAUGUUGAAGAUGAAGAAGAUGAUGAAGAGGUACCUGGGGCCCAAGAUUUGGUGGAUUUCUCUCCUGUUUAUCGAUGUCUACAUAUAUAUUCUGUCCUGGGUGCUCGGGAAACUUUUGAGAACUACUAUCGAAAACAGAGGCGAAAACAGGCCCGUCUGGUACUUCAGCCUCCAUCUAACAUGCAUGAAACUUUAGAUGGCUAUAGGAAAUAUUUUAAUCAAAUUGUAGGCUUUUUUGUGGUUGAAGAUCAUAUUUUGCAUACAACCCAGGGAUUAGUAAAUAGAGCCUACAUUGAUGAACUAUGGGAAAUGGCACUUUCAAAAACCAUAGCAGCACUCCGAACCCACUCGUCUUACUGCUCUGAUCCAAACCUUGUGUUAGACUUGAAAAACCUCAUUGUACUUUUUGCUGAUACACUUCAGGUGUAUGGUUUUCCUGUAAAUCAACUUUUUGAUAUGCUGUUAGAAAUCAGAGAUCAGUACAGUGAAACUCUGCUGAAGAAGUGGUCAGGUAUUUUCAGGACCAUACUUGAUUCUGACAACUACAGUCCCAUACCAGUAACAAGUGAAGAGAUGUAUAAAAAGGUGGUAGGACAAUUCCCAUUCCAGGAUAUAGAGCUGGAAAAGCAGUCAUUUCCAAAAAAGUUUCCUUUCUCUGAAUUUGUGCCAAAAGUUUACAACCAAAUUAAAGAAUUUAUCUACGCCUGCCUUAAGUUUUCAGAAGAUCUUCAUCUAAGUUCAACGGAAAUUGAUGACAUGAUUCGUAAAUCUACAAACCUGUUGCUCACCAGGACUCUGAGUAACUCUCUGCAGAAUGUGAUCAAAAGGAAGAACAUUGGUCUUACUGAGCUUGUUCAGAUUAUUAUCAAUACAACACACUUGGAGAAAUCCUGUAAGUACCUGGAAGAAUUCAUCACCAAUAUCACUAAUGUACUCCCAGAAACAGUCCACACCACCAAGCUCUAUGGCACCACAACUUUCAAGGAUGCUCGACAUGCAGCUGAAGAAGAGAUUUAUACCAACUUAAACCAGAAGAUUGACCAGUUCCUACAGCUGGCAGACUACGACUGGAUGACGGGAGACUUAGACAACAAAGCUAGUGACUACCUGGUAGACCUCAUUGCCUUUCUGCGUAGCACCUUUGCUGUAUUCACACACCUUCCUGGAAAGGUGGCUCAGACAGCAUGUAUGUCAGCUUGCAAGCAUUUAGCCACAUCCUUGAUGCAGCUUUUGCUGGAAGCCGAAGUAAGGCAGCUUACCUUGGGAGCAUUGCAGCAGUUCAACUUGGAUGUCAGAGAAUGUGAACAGUUUGCCAGAUCCGGCCCGGUGCCUGGGUUCCAGGAGGACACGCUGCAGUUGGCCUUCAUCGACUUGAGACAACUUUUAGAUCUCUUCAUCCAGUGGGAUUGGUCAACCUACCUUGCUGACUAUGGUCAACCCAACUGCAAAUACCUCCGGGUAAACCCAGUGACAGCCCUGACACUGCUUGAGAAGAUGAAGGAUACCAGCCGCAAGAACAACAUGUUUGCACAGUUUCGGAAAAACGAGCGAGACAAGCAGAAAUUGAUUGACACUGUGGCCAAGCAGCUCCGGGGACUCAUCAGCAGCCACCACUCGUGAAGCCUGGCCGGGAGCCCCACAGGCGCUCGCUGCGGCCCCGCAGCCUGGGAUCCGGCCCGGCUGGCCUGCAUUUGUGCAUUCUUCUUCAAAGAGAGCAUAUGUAUUUUUUUAUUAACUCCUGUACAGUAUUCACAUAACCUUUCCCUGCAGUAAGAGGUGUAAGAAUACGCGCGUCUGUGAGAUGUUGCUGGGCUGGGACUCAGGGGAAGUUAUCACUGUGCUCUCUGCGUUAUGAUUCUGGAGAGGGGGUGGGGUUGUCAGUCCCAGGGUGAUGCACUGCCUGUUGUCCAUGGCUCAGGAGCUUCGAGCUGGGCUCAGGAACGGCACAGGUACUUGGCACUGGGAGGCAGAGAGUAAGCCCAGGAGAAGGCAGUGUGUCCUGUCCACUCUCGGGCACCCCCGUUCCCCGCACAGCUGAGGCUGCCGCUGCUUGCCCAGCAUUCACGGCCAUGUCACACGCUGCAGGCCAGCGCACCGUGCUGGAGGAGCUUCUCUUUAGGCGGCUGACUUCCCCGGGCUGGGGGACAGGCAUGGCGCGCGGCCGGGGGCAGCUUCCCUCCAGUCCCCUGAGGAUGGCAGUUUCUGUAGCCUCGGUCUGUCCCGAGGCUUUCACUGCUCAUUUUUCUGCGGGCAGGAUAGCGUUGAGUAGGCGGCGGCAGCAGUCGGACGCCGUGGUUAACUGCAGGCUGCCCCUACACUAGGCAUAUUGGGCCGCAACCCUAGGAGUUUUCCGAGCUCUGUAAGCCAGCUGGAAUGGAAUCAAAGCCCCGGUGCCUUUUCCUUUCAUCUCAUUUCCUUCUUUCAAAGCCUGAGCACUCGGUCCAGGGCAGAGGUCAACAGUGUACCGGUGCUCUUAGGGAGCCCCAGACUUGGCCUCUGCGGCCACUGAGAGGGGCUGGUGAGCAAGGCCCGAGCUCAGGAGCCUGAACGUGCCCCGCUUUAGCCUGCAGGGAGGCCUAAGGAGUACUGGAGAUGGCCCCUGUGAGCUUUGAAACCAGUUUCCUGGCCACCAUCUUUGAAGGAACGGGCAUCGGCUGUGCACUGUGGGGGUGGCCACGGCUGGACUUGAUGUUCCUAGGGACAGAGCUGCUGUCACCCUGAAGUAGCCAGGCCCAGCCAUGCUCGAGGUUUCUCGCCUCGGACACCACUGUCCCGCGCUGCAUUCUGGGUUAUACGAUCACGGAGCUCGAGCGCAAGGCUCUGUCCCCGGAGCCCCUCCUGACUACCUUUUGGCCUCACCUGAGGAAGACUGCCUGUAACCCUGUCCCCCACUGCCUGGGGCCUGGGCCAGCUUAGCUUGGCGGCCGUGUCCGCUGUUCCAAACGUAGUCCCCAGACUUACGUAAGGACUUUGCGACGAGGCCAGUCAGGGCAGCCUGCACCUUCAGACCCUUCAGCAAGAUGCUGCCAUGGCUCCUGGCAAGAAUGUAAGUGCACAUCACCAAACAAUGACACGUAAGCUGCACAGCUCUCCCAGGGCGGUCAGUGGGGGAGACCUUCUUGCACAGCGUUUCCACUGCUCCUGUCAGUACUGCGAGCUUCCGGGGGCACUCUACUUCCUUUUUCCCUCUGCAGCCCCUAGCUUCACCCCAUCCUCUCACAUCUCAGAAAUCUUGGGGAAGAAAACACACACUCACUGAUAGAGCCUUCCUCAAAGCUGGAGAGAGCAGGCUGUGUGCGACACUCAGGCACCUGCUUCGGCCCAGCCUGAGGACUAGGCAGUCGGCCCAGGGUCAAGGGUAACAUGGUCUCCCCGAACUUGGCAAGCCGAAGGAAGGCAGGGGUGCAUGGGAAGGAAACCCGCGCCAGCGUCUCCAGGCCCUAGACUUCGUUGAGAAGAGUGAGAAAUGUUCCAGUAGUGAGUCCUCUUGCUUGAGGUGGACUAAACGCCCUCCUUCCUAGCACCCAGUUUGCAGCAAGGGCCCGUCAGCUGGAAGGGCUGAGACCUUGACGUGGGGAACGAGGAGCUUCAGCGUGUGGUGGGGCUUUCAUUCUUAGGGAGUCGUUAUUGCUGGUCCGAUCUCAGCCUUCUGCCCUGGAAGAACUGUGCUGUCGAGAACAAGGUGGAGAGGGUGGAGGGUCGGGGCCGCUCUGCACCUGCACCGGGGAGUCCUCCUGAAAGAGAAAGCCGGCUAAGCUCAUGGCUCCUAAGAAAGGGCCCCGACUGUGUCCCGCUCCUCUCUCAGUCUGUCUGCAAUCUUCCUUAACAACAGCCAACAUGCUGCUACUGAGUUGGGUGUAGAGAUGUACUCUUAGCAGGCCAGGGAAGGUCAAAACGGAGACCAGCAACGUCAACGCAUCUUAAAGUGGGGUGAGGUGAGAUGAUUACUUUAUUCUUUUUAGUUUGUCUAUAAGCCUAUAGGCUGGCCAUCCCUUGAGAGGACUGAGCAAAACAUGGAUGCCCAACACCCCUCACCCUCCCCAGAUCUGGCUUCAAGUGCCUACAGAUGUGAUGUGCCCUGAGAGCCUCAGUCAAGGGGGGGAUGGGAGAUGGGAAGCCCCCCCGCCUUCUAGUCACCGUGAACCUGUGGUCAAGUUCUUGGAGAACCCAUGUCCAUGUUCCAAAAGGGACAAUCUGAUUUGGGACCCUAGUGGUUUUCAGUAGUCACAUAGGUGUUGGCAUAGUUUUAACGUUCAUAGGAAAACCAGACUGUAUGUGAAGCUACUGGGGGUGGGGAAAACAGGACCUGGAAAUUGGAUGCAGUUGGAGAGGCCCUGUUGGCAAAGGGCAUGUGAGCUUCCAGGGAGUGCUUCCCAGUGUUUCCAUUGCACACUGGGCCUAGUGGCCUCCCAGUUCUUGCUGUAGCCUGGCUUCAUUGCACACUGGAGUGCUCGCUCAGCCAGUCCUAGACCCAGGGCGCUUUGUCCCGCAAGAUCGGUGUUGCCCGUGGCCUUCCUCUCCAGGCCUCCCAGCACAGUGCCCGGGGGCUGUGACAGGAGGCCUCCCCUCUUACUCUUCCUCCUCCCAGGCCCCCAGACUGCUUCAGUUGCCUCUUUUUGGUUCCUUGCCUGCAUUCACACUUUUCACUAAUGCGUCGGAAAUGGCCUUUUCAUUUUGCACACAUGGAUGUACAUUGAUUGGGAAAAUCCAGUAAAGUCCGCUUUUAACUCUAAAGGGCACGUUUUUCUCUACAACUCACUAGAGAAACUACUGACGCAGAUGGGCCGUGUGGGUAGGGGACAGUUCCUCUGUGGAAAGAGCAUGUUUAUUCCCUUGUAUAUUUUCCUCUUUUACCUGCUAUUAAACGAGAGAGCCUACAUACCUGUUUCAAAAGCCA